AUGCCUUCACAAGAGAUCGGGAUGCCCAUCCCAAAUAUUCCCCAUGCUGUCUCAGUUACGUUACCUACGUGGGAGGCAACUGUGGGAUAUGAAGAGGGAGAAGACUGGGUUGUAAGCAAGAUGAACUCGGGAUAUCCAAGAUUUUUCAUCCAUAGUGUGAUCCAAUCUUUGUCGAAGAAAAUCGAGACUAAGUACGGAAGAGACGGUGAAAGGUGUAUGAUCUUUCCAUCUUAUAAAGUAGCAAAAAGAUGUAGACAGUUCAUCAAAGAGAAGUCCGAGAAGUCCUUGGUAGUUAGAGUGUUACAAUUAAGUACACCCGCACCAGCGAACGAAGAAGAAAGGUCAACUGUGAUAGAAGCUACUAUUGGGGUUGUUUUCUUCCCUGCUGACGUUUUUCCAUUAGCCAAAAACUACUGGCAACAUUCUGGUGAAGGUAUCAGUUCCAGAAUGGGAGAGUAUAUUUCCCGUGCCUUGUUUGAAAGCGAAAGCAGAUCUAUUAGCCCUAGCCCAAGACCGUCAAUUAGGGCUGCAAAUAGCAACUUGAAACAGGAGCUUCAAGUCCAGCUGAUCCAAAGGAAGUCACCUUCGAUUUCUGCUAGCAUCCGUAGCCCUAGUUUUACUGUAAGCGAAGAAGAAAUCAAAGAACACGACACUUUUAUCGAACAAAAGUUUGGAAGAGUUUUGGACUUGAAAUUUGCAAAAGAAGCAAAAAUAGCAUUGAGAAGAAGAAUCUGCGGUAAAGUUGACAAAUCACACAACCAAAAGGAAGAAAUGGAGAAGGCUAGAAGAGGUAAGAAUCUAAGUGAAACUGACGUCUACUUGUUCCCGUCUGGUAUGGCUUCCAUUUUCUACGCCCACCAUGUUUUGCUUAAUGUUUCAAAAAAACCAAAGAAAUCUGUGUGCUUUGGUUUCCCUUAUGUCGAUACUCUCAACAUUCUUAAGAAAUUUGGUCCUGGUGUCCAUUUCUUGGGACUUGGCGAUGACAAAUCUUUGGAUACACUUGAAUCAGAAUUAGAAUCAGGAGAAUUAGAUAUCAUGGCUUUAUUCUGCGAAUGUCCUUCAAAUCCAUUAUUGAAAACUCCUAAUUUGAAGAGAAUUAGAAAAUUGGCUGACAAGUUCAAUUUUGCCGUUGUGGUCGAUGAAACAGUUGGUAACUUCUUGAACAUCCACGUCUUGCCAUUUGCAGAUAUGGUAUGUUCUUCGUUGACCAAGGUCUUUUCAGGAGAUUCCAACGUCAUGGCUGGGUCUCUCGUGUUGAAUCCAGCAUCGCCAAUGUAUCAUGCCUUAAAGGAAUAUUUUAAUAGAGAGUACGAAGAUUUGUUCUGGGCCCAGGAUGCCUUAUGGUUGGAAAGAAACUCUCGUGAUUUUGCUGAAAGAUCCGCCAAGAUCGAUAGAACUUCAUGGUUAACUGUGCAAUUAUUACAGAAGAGUCCGCUUAUAUCAAAGGUCUACUAUCCAAAGAUUAGUGAAUCCAAACAAUAUUACGACGAAAUCAAAACUGCCACUGGUGGUUAUGGUGGUUUGAUAUCUUUCCUCUUCAAAGAACCCCAUCAGGCUGUGGCUUUUUUCAACGCGGUUAACUUACACAAGGGUCCAUCUUUGGGAACCAAUUUCACGUUAGCCUGUCCUUACGCUAUCUUGGCCCAUUACCAAGAGCUUGACGAAAUUGCCAAGUGGGAUGUGGAUAGAAACUUGAUCAGAAUCAGUAUUGGUUUGGAGGAUCCGGACGAGUUGUUGGAUGUCUUGCAAAAGAGUUUGGACAUCGCAGCCGCCGAGCCUAAAACUGACUGA